UAAUAUCGUCGGUGAAACUGCAAUACCUCGUAAGUCCAAAAAAGUCGAAAAUAAGAUAUAUACAUCAAAAUAUUCGGAAAAAAAUACUCUAUACGAUUGUUGUGUAAAUAUCUCGUAUAUCAAAUUUCCAAAGAGGUUAUAAAUGUCAAACAAUAUAUCGUAUGUCAUCUAUCAAAAUUAUUGAUACUAAUAUCUCGUAUCUCCGUGUCAUAAUACAUCGUAUAUCAGUUUUUAAAAUUUUUGAUACUAACAUAUCGUAUCUCAUAACAACAUGUUAUCAUAAUUAAAUUUGUUAAUUAAUUAUUAAGCUUAUAACUUUAUUAAGCUACUUAGAAUUAGUAAUAUUAUUUUGUUUUAUUGUGCGUCAACAUGAAUGCGGACGAGAUCGACGAUCUGUUAGAUCAAUUUGAAGAUGAUGAAGACUUUAAUGAAAGUAUGGAGUAUAACCCCAACCAGAGCAUACAAUCAAUGGAAUUUCAGAAUGAAAUGGAAAUGAAUGACUUUAAUGAAGGUAUGGAGUUUAACCCUGACCAGAGCAUACAAUUACUGGAUGUGCAAAAUGAAAUGGAGUGUGACUCUGUACACUCAUUAAUUGAAAGGAAAUUAAAAAAUACAGAUAUUCAUCUACCAUCUGACUACAUAAAAAUAACCAAAACUGCAAGAUCAAAACCAUUUCCAUAUGAAGUAAAAGAUUGUGAUAUCUCUUUUUUUUUAAAUUAUCAGAAGAAUGUUAAUAGAUAUGAUAAUAUAAGGCCAGGAAAAGCUGCUGGAGAUGCAACAGUUACCCAAAUUAAAGCUCUCCGUUACAACUGUAAUGGCACUAUAGAUUAUAAGCUGAACUUUGAUGAUGAAUAUUAUAGUGAUCUCGCCAUUGCUCAAAAGAAGAGAAAGACAGUAGAAAUUCAUUCUCCUAUUAUUUAUGAACAAUUCCAUGAGUCUCAAUUAAAAGUUCCUAAAUCAAAAUGGCAAGAUCUACAGCAACUUAAGGCAGUGCUACCAAAGGAUUGUCAUCCGUUCUAUGACCAAAUAAAAUCUUUAUAAUUUAAUUAUCUUAAUAAAAUGUAAAUAUUAUUAAUAUUCAUUUUAU